AUGCGGAUGCCAGUAUGCGGAUUCUGCACUGGGGCACACAGUCUGCCUCAAUGCACCAAUUUUCAAGUGCUGACGCCAAAAAUGCGUCACCACUACGUGCAGAACCGCAUGGCCUGUGCGCUAUGCCUCGCAUUUUCUCAUACGGUAUCACAAUGUCAGAGACCCCAGGUAUGCCAUCGGUGUAGGGGGAAGCAUCAUACCCUCCUGCACUAUGAUGAACUGCGGAAACAAAAUAAUCCGAGGCCGCAGGCGCAAAGUGCAUACGGCCAACGUGACGAGAGCGAUUACAACGCUCAUCCACGAAGUACGGCCGUAUCGAAGCCGAAAGGAAAACCUUCGACUUCGAAGGCCUACAAGAAAUCGGCCUCGACAUCACACUGUACCGCGCUCGGUACAGGCGCACCGAGGACCGUGCUGCUAGCCACGGCACGAGUACGCGUGUUCGGAGAGAACGGUGCAUCGCGAAUCGCGCGAGCACUGUUAGACCAAGGAUCGGAGACGUCAUUCGUCUCCGCAGGUCUGGCAAACGACCUCCGAUUGAAACGCGUGCGUACCCCAGCCACGGUAUCGGGCUUGGGGGGCGGCCAGACGCAGCAAAUAAAAUAUAGCGUCGGUUUAAACCUCGGCUCGAUAAACGAGUCGAAACCGAUAUGUGUCGCUCAAGCGUACGUCGUGCCGAAAAUCACGACCUACCGCAACACGUUGGCGAACGCGCGUGUUUACAGUGCGUUCCGAGGUUUACCGUUAGCCGAUCCAGAAGCCAGGGCCGAUCCUACGAUCGAAAUUCUGGUCGGAGCGGAUUUAUAUGCUCAGGUGAUUCGUUCGGGCUUCCGACGAGGGGCGAAUGAUGGUCCGAUCGCCCAAGAAACGGCGUUUGGCUGGGUUAUAUCCGGCCCUAUACACGUUGAAGGCGACGGCCGGAAUACGGUAAGAACGCUGCAUUGCACCGUUCUCGAAUCGCUGGAUUACGCAAUUCGACGAUUCUGGGAAACCGAAGAAAUCCCCACGACCUCGGUGCGGUCCAAGGCGGAAAAAGAGUGCGAAGCACUCUUCCGAAGAACCGUCGAACGGGACAAAACCGGACGGUUUAUAGUCCGAUUGCCCUUGAAUCACCCGAGACCGGACGAAGCGUUAGGACACUCGUUCCACAUAGCGCUGUCCGCUCUCGCGAGGAUGAGGCGUAAACUGGAGGCGGAUACGACCCUCGACAGAGAAUACUCUGAGUUCCUCGCGGAGUACGAGUCCUUAGGUCACAUGACUCGGCUUGAGCCGAUUGACCAGUAUCGACUGUACAUUCCGCAUCGAGCGGUCGUACGCACGGAAAGUGCGACGACCAAACUGCGAGUUGUGUUCAAUGCAACCAGCAGAACGGUCAGAGGGCGAUCCCUAAACGACGUCCUGCAUGUCGGACCAAAAUUACAGAACGAUAUCACCUCGGUUUUAACGAGGUGGCGUCUGUAUGAGUACGUUCUGGUGGCAGAUAUCGAGAAGAUGUUUCGGCAAAUCCUCGUCGCCCCACAGGACCGUCGUUUCCAAUGCAUCGUAUGGCGCGCGUCAAACGACGAAAAGCUCAAAGCUUUCGAAUUGAAUACCGUAACAUACGGUACGGCGUGCGCCCCAUAUUUAGCGAUGCGUACCCUCCUCGAAUUAAAGGAGCAGGAUGGAGAGAGGUAUCCUCUCGCCGCUCCGAUCCUCGAGAGGUACAUAUACGUCGACGACGUAUUUAUGGGAGCGUCCAACAAAACCCUGCUAGAGAAAAUUCGCAAGCAAGUCUGCGAUCUCCUGCAGGGCGGUGGGUUCAAGUUGAGGAAAUGGGCUGGAAACUCCGCGAAAUUAUUGCGAAACAUCCCCCAAGGUGCUCACUCCCACGCCGUAGACCUCACUCUGUUCGACGAUUCCGAACUAAAAGUGCUUGGUCUACGAUGGAUCCCAUCCGGAGACUACUUCCAUUUCGAUCUGCAACGGUUUCAACCGUCUGCGUUACCGAUGACAAAAAGAAAUUUGUUCUCGGAGAUCGCGAAGCUCUUCGAUCCCCUCGGCUGGUUAUCACCAGUCGUAAUCCGUGCAAAAAUUCUGAUGCAGUCCCAAUGGCUGGAGAAAAUCCAGUGGGACGACCAAAUUUCCACGGACACGCAAAAAACGUGGAACACGUUUUGCAGGGAUUGGAGCAGUCUCAAAGAACUAAAAUUCCCGAGAUGGAUCCAAUACGGAGCCGACGCAGUUACUGUGGAACUACACGGAUUCUGCGAUGCAUCACUCGCUGCCUAUUCGGCCGUCACUUACUUACGGGUGACGACGAAAAAUAAUGACGUGUUUACGACAUUAAUCAUGGCAAAGACACGAGUGGCUCCGAUAAAAACACAGUCUAUCCCCGUCCUGGAAUUGAAUGGGGCUGUGUUACUUUCCGAGCUCAUAGUGCACGUGAAACGGUCAUUCCCCAUAGAAAUGAGCCGCAUAAUCUGCUGGACAGAUUCCACGAUUGCACUCGCUUGGUUGAAAAAGCAUGCGUCGACAUGGAAGGUUGUGAUAGCCAACCGUGUGUCAAAAAUUCAGACCAUGCUCCCAAAAGCUGAAUGGCGGCACGUUCCCACGCGCUUCAACCCAGCGGAUCUGAAUUCGCGAGGUGUAGACGCCGCAGAACUCAUUCAGUCCGAAUUAUGGAUUUCCGGGCCGAAAUGGCUUCGACAAUCAGAGGAAAAUUGGCCGAAAUCGCCAGCCUCGCUCGAGACCGAGGAGGCGUACGCAUUUCGCAGAAGAGUACCGGUGCUUGAAAAAGCGCAAGGGAAUCCCUGCGACAUCGCCCACGCAACACGAGCGGCGGGAUUACGCCCGCAGGAGGCGGAACCGGGGGCCCGCUCGACCCGUAACGGUCAGCCGCCCCCGAAACCGGAACCACCAGGCCCCACAGCCGCACCAACGACCACGUCGCCGGGAACCGGAUUCGGCCCUCGGGGAGGUCCUCCUGACCACCCUCCGGUUGCUGGAGGACGAAAGGGCCCAGGCACGCCGCUGAUUAAGAACGUGGUGAAGAAGGUGCAGUGCGAGAACGGAUUGGGGUCCGAUCCGGUAACGCCAAUACUUCCGCUACACGUUUUAACUGGAGUUAAAAAGAGUCGGAAACGCAAAGAAGUGCAGUACAUAAACGGAUUGGGAUACCAUCCGGUACCAACGACACUUCCGUUUAUAAAGAGGAAUCUCGUGGGUUAUAUCCGAAAGUUUCUAGUUCAGCUGUGGGAAAAGCCCACCUAA